AUGGCUCAAUGGGAGAAUAUUCCCCAUAGGUUCGUUCCUUAUAAAUACCUCCCUCUUUCUUCGAACGCCCAUACGCGAAUUAUUAAACUACAUCCUUCCUUGGACCCGUUGGCGCCUAUCCGGUGCUCACUAUUCGAAAUCAAUCUAGACCAUGAGAAGUCCGAAUAUGAUGCCUUGUCGUACACAUGGGGAAUCCCAAGCUUCACAGAGGAACUUAUUGUUGAUCAGUGUUAUUUGAUGAUCACGCCAAAUCUCAUGUAUGCUUUGCAGCGGUUCCCAAUGCCGACCGAGAAUCGUAUGAUUUGGGUUGACGCAAUCUGUAUCAACCAAGAAGAUAAUGACGAAAAGUCAAGACAGAUACCUUUCAUGAGGCAGAUAUAUCGUAGCGCAUCAUCAGUACUUGUUUGGUUGGGCAUUGAUGAAAGUGGUUCUGACUCCCUGCGCCGACUUCAUCAUUAUACGAAGCAAUCUGGGUCAAGCGUCUCUACGGCAGAGAUUACCCGAGAACUAGGUAACAUCACCGGGCUACCGUGGUUUCAUCGGCGUUGGAUAAUCCAAGAGGUGGUUUUAAACCCCAAUGUCCUUCUUAAUUGUGCGGAUGUGAGUAUGCCAUGGGUGCGGCUUGUCCAAGCCCUGAGCACGGGAAUAGCCACGGAAGUCAUGAGCUCCCUAGUAACGAUGACGGACCUUUGGAAGGACUGGAUACUCCGGAAAGAUGAUGCACAACCCCACCUGUUCAAUCUUCUUGCUUUAUUUCACGGCUCCGAAUGUCAAGAUGCUAGGGACAUGAUAUACGCCUUGGCCGGACUGGCAAGUGAUGUGCAAUUGAGAGACAAUAGCGAUAGAAAGGAAAGGUCCAAAGAGACGGAAGAGAGGGGCAUAGAGAAGGAUACUGGGAAUCAUGGGAGAACUGUGAUACCUGUUGACUAUACCAUCUCCGCUGAAUGCCUUUACUAUGAAGUCGUGUGCGCCAUCAGGCAGACAGCUGAUCAAUCAGACCAGAUGCCAUCGUGGGUUCCUGAUUGGAGGAAACCCAAAAUUAGAGAGCCGCUUUGGUUUUCCCCUUCUGAUAUCCAAGGCUAUUUGGAGCCUCAUAACCGGUCAAUACUGACAAUCAAUUCAUCGAGCAUCCAUCUACUGGGUAAAGUGACUAAUAACAGCGUUAGCGCUAUUUUCCCUGACAUAUAUGUCGAAUCCGAGAUUCAUAAAUGGUUUUUGGACACAUGGGCAAGCUUGUCUGAGCUACAACCGUCCCAAGAUAAUGCGCACCAACAUCAACCUAGCGAAUAUAUCCUAGCUCGUUUAGUCAAUACCGUUUUAAACGAAAAAACACCAUAUGGACAUAACGGGCUGACAAGUUUCAACAUGGAAGGCUUUCAUAAAUCAUGGGUCGAGUAUCGAGGGUAUCUGCAAAAGGUCUGUGAGGACAUACAACAAGGGACAAUAAACCCAGAGUUCUACAAAUAUACUUGGAACUAUAUGAAAGGCCGCACUAUCUUCAUUUGGCAAGACGCCGCUAAGUCUCAGCCACAAUACGGGUUUGGACCCUCUCAUACCCAACCAGGAGACACGAUACUUGCUCCGGGGUCCUCCACUUUCCAGGCAUUUUUCAACACUGGCAUGCGACCAUUGAAUACCAAUAGGUCGUCUUUCCUGCUUAGGCGGUCUUCCGGCAAAUUCGAUUCGACAGAUCGUGUGCUGCCGGGGAACUUUCGAUUAGUUGGGGACUGUCAGGUUAUGCUAUACUCUGGGCGUACUAUCCACGACUUGACUAAGGAAUCUGAUGAUUAUGCGCCUUUAGGUUUCUCUUGGUUUCAACAACUCUCUAUAUCGUAG